UUACGGAAGGUUACGGAAAGAGACGAGGUCGACUGUUGUCGGAAAAGCAAAACUCAGAAAGGAAAGACUUGGUUGUUUGUGAUCAUAUAUCACUCAAGAGGGCGCUGUUUCGAAUAGAGAGCCGUUUCAAAUACAGCUAAAGAUUCUUUCCGUUCUUGUGAACUAUGACUGACAAUAACCAGGACUGUGUAGAUGCUUUCGGAGGAGAUCCAGCAGGAACAGAUUCCCCUGAUGCCAGGGGGGGAGGGGGUGGCCAAGCGGGUCGAGGGGGACAGCCUCCAGUUUACACAGAGGCAGAGUUCCUUGCUGAAAAAUACAAGAUGGACCAUGAGAACAGGGGCCAGGCUGUUAUCCUCAACAACCGAGACUUUGACCGGCACACCGGCAUGGGAACUAGGAGUGGGACUGAUGUAGAUGCUUCAAAUAUAUAUCAGAACCUCAAAGCUCUUGGUUUUACAGUGGAGAUGCACACCAACAAGACGACAGGAGAUAUGAAAAAAAUAAUGACUGAAGCUGCGAAGAAAGACUUCAGCAACAGCGACUGCUUCGCGUGUGUCAUCCUGUCUCAUGGAGAGGAGGGGGCUGUGUAUGGUACAAAUGGACCUGUAGAAAUCAAGGACCUUGUGGACCCUUUUAAGGGUCACCGAUGCCAGUCACUGGCAGGCAAACCUAAGCUGUUCUUUAUUCAGGCAUGUAGAGGACAAGGCCUAGAUGAAGGUGUUGAUGUGAGUGAUGCUUUGGGUGUGAAGGGAGAUGGAGACGAGGAUGUCGAGAUGGCCCCCGUCACCUACAGAAUCCCCACAGAGGCUGACUUCCUCAUGGCCUACUCCGUUGUCCCAGGGUAUUUCUCCUGGCGGAACUCAUCCCGGGGCUCCUGGUUCAUUCAAGCACUGUGCGCUGUUUUAGAAAAAUAUGGCCACAAACUGGACCUCAUGACGAUGAUGACUCGAGUCAACAAACUCGUAGCGUAUGACUUCGAGUCUAAUGCAAGCAAAGAAUUCAUGAAUAGGAAAAAGCAGAUACCUUGUAUUACCUCUAUGUUGACAAAAGAUUUAUAUUUCCCUCCCAUGUGAUUAAAUGUAAAAUAAGUGAAGAUUGUCUUUCUGAAUUAACCCAACACAGUUCAACACAUGACCAGUGAAUGGAGGAGCAAGAAUAGGAGAAACGGUUUGCUGGGGGUAAAAUAUUUUGUAUGUCAUUGAACAUAUUGACUAAAUGCAAUAUGUCAAAAUAGUUUGUGUAUGUCACAACCUAUUUCUGGUUGGCAGGGGGGUCAUUUAGCACUAGCCGGACCAGGUUUGUUGAUGUUAAAGGUAUCCUAAGGCUAGUAGAAUUUCAAAACAUUUCAGGGGUAUUGCUUACUGUUAUCACUAUUGAGACUGGUAGUGUUCUUGGUUGGACGAUAAAAUAUUUCAUGAUCAUGAAAGGUCUUUGUUAUGCUUGCCUGAUAUGCAUGAACAGACAUGGGAUGCAAAUAUUCAGUCAUAUCAAUUAUAAGGUCAGAAGUACUAAAUCUGUAUGGUCAAAAGAUGAGAGAUUUAGGAUCAGAUGCCUUACAUACACUUGUAAAAUGUUUAAUGGUAAAGUUGGGUAGAUCUUAAGACGAUUCAGAGAUGUGAGAAAGGUUGGAGAAUAAUAUAUCCGACUGAUCUCAUUAGUUAGCAUUGUACUGAUUUGAGUAUUCAUGCAUGUAAACACUUACGUUAUUUGCCUUUAUUCCCUUUAUGAACAUGUAUCUCUCCGCCAAUAGAGGGCACAGGUGUCCCAGUCAUCUAUGGCGCCGCAAUUCUCUGUGCAGAGUUGCUUGAUAUAAUAGAAUACAGUUCAAAGCAACGGUAAACCCAACUCACUCACUCACUCACUCACCCACUCUCUGCCAACAUGUGCAGUCAAUGACAGUGUACACACAGACUUCAAAAGGACUUGAAUUUGGAUACCUUAUCUUGAAAUGGCCUUAAAAGACCUUAAGAUCUAUGAUUAGAAUCUAAGAAGCCGUGAAGUUUGUGUGUAUGUUGUUUUUUUUCUGCACUUUUACAGUACGCACGGAAGUAGUUUGAAACUGAAAAAAAAAAUGAAUGUGGUAAGAAUUUGUUUUUGCUGUAACAUAUGCUACCCUAUUAUAUUCUUCACAUCAAUGUCCUUAAAAUUAUGAUUAUCUGUACAUUUUAGCCUUGAACUGAUUUUAUUUGGGUUUACGACUGUGUAUCCCACUGCCGAAAUGUGCUGUCAGGAACAGUGUACAUACAGAUUUGAAAGGACUUCAAUUUGGAUACCUAAAAUGGCCUUAAAUGUGCCAAUCCCUUUAAAAGGCCUCGGAUUUGAUGGUUAAAGUUCUGCAUAAACCUUGUGUCUCAUGUGACAAGCAUGUUUAUGUGUGCUUGUAGUGAUGAAUUUUCAUAUUUCCUGUUUAGUAAUCUCAACACUCUCUGUCCAGUAUGUCUCAGUGUUCAGAGGUGUUUGAUCAAGUCAGUAAUAAGAAAUAUGUUUGGUAAAGUUUGAAUAACUGUGGAUCUGAAAAACUCAGGUAGCUGUGUUUCAGAAAUCCAGGCCUUGAUUCUUGAUUGCUGUCGCUAUGUUCCUAACAACUUUGUUAUGAAAUACAUUAACGUAUUCGACGUAAUAAGUAGCCAGGGCACUCUCAAAAUUAGAAAUAGGGGGCACUUAUUAGAAUAUAAUUUUGGUGAAAAAAACAGAAUUGAAAGAUCGUAAAUUUUGUUGUUUGGCACACUCGGAAAACGACCGAUCUCAGUAUUUUACCCAUUUAGAUAUAUACGUCUUAUAAAUAACACUACCUACAUGCAUGUAUUAACUUACAUAUCCAUGUAUUUCAGUUAACACAACUCCACAUUUACGAUGAGUAAAAAUGAUCUUCUAUGCUCAAUGUUCAAAACAAGUAGUCCCGGUAAUCAGCAGGUAGAGUUAGGCGCUUAUUAAAGUGGGGCGCUUAUUAUGUUGAAUACGGUAUAAGCAGUAUUUGUGGGGCAAUGCAGACUGUAGUACAAUGUAUUUGAGAAGUUACUAACUCAGUAGUUAUUUGAUAUUAACAUGAUUAGGAUCAUUUCUAAUUUCAGCAUGUGUAUAUUUGUUUACUUUGCAGAUAAUUUGUUGAAGGUCGUCCAGUUUGGAAAAAUAUGAUGUUUAAUUGAUUUGUGCAAAUACAUUGUAAAUAUGACAAAUGUACUUGUAUGGUAAUAUGCUGAGAUUAAUUGAUGGCUGGGUAAAGAAGUGUUUCAGAUUUGAUCUCCUCUUUGGAACAUGACCCCGAUUGCAUCUGGAGUUUAUUUUACAGUGGGUCGUAUUGUAGAGGAUAGUAAUUCCUCUCAAGUUUCUCCUACCUUGGCAAUUAAUGGCUUAUUGAACAAAAUUGCUCAAAUUUGAAUGAACCGAUGAUGAGAGUAUGACAGAUUGAAUUUGAUAAAAUGUUUCAGUCGACAACUUUUUUAUUUACCAUUACCCCUUAUUGAGAUAGGGACACAAGGGGCCCAGUCAUCUAAUGCACUGCAAAUUGAUGCGCACAGUUGCCUCCCCUGAGUGUGCCAGUAUCCUAUGAUGCUGGGUUUGAAUCCGAGAUUCGCCCUAAGUUUGAUUUUUGGUUUGUCAGUUCCAUACCUGUGAUCAUGGAUUUCACUAAACUGCUAAACAUCUAAGACCUGAAAUGUCCUCCCACAUCAAGCUGAUAUAUACCAUCAUAACUAGAGUUCAACUCACUCACUCAUCAUCAUGAGAUAUAUACAAAGUUAUUUGAUAUCAGCUCUGUAGUAUUUGCUCAAGGUCAUAUAUAUGGUUAUAAAUAUGUAGUUAUGACUACUAGAUGGUAAUUCUUAAAGAAUCUUUAAUCUGGAAACAACCAGUCAGUGUGCGAGUCCCUUCUUAUAUUGCAGGGGGCACGGGUGGC